CGCUGCGCUCGCCGCGCUCGGAGGGGCCGCCGGGCCGGGCACCGCGCACUCGCGUCGGGAGCCGCCUCUCCCCCGCGGCGCUCGCCCCUGCUCCCCGCCAGCAUCGCCUGUCCCGCGGCCGCGCUCAGACAACAAAAGCGGAAGAUGCUGCAGUUGGGCAAGGUCAGGACCUUGCCCUGAAGCCGGGCGGCGGCGCGCACGCCUUUUCCCGGACUGAGGAGCUGUCGCUGGUGGCGGGUGCAUGUUCUCCAGGAAGCAGUCGGGCGCCGCGCCGUUGGGAGCUAUGCCUGUCCCAGACCAGCCUUCGUCAACCUCAGAGAAGACCAGCUCCCUGAGCCCUGGCCUGACCACCUCCAAUGGGGAUGGCUCUGAAACGGAAACCACCUCCGCCAUCCUGGCCUCGGUCAAAGAACAGGAAUUACAGUUUGAGAGAUUGACCCGAGAGCUGGAGGCAGAACGCCAGAUCGUCGCCAGCCAACUGGAGCGAUGCAAGCUUGGAUCAGAGACGGGCAGCAUGAGCAGCGUCAGUUCAGCGGAAGAGCAGUUUCACUGGCAAUCACAAGAUGGUCAAAAAGACAUCGAAGACGAACUUACAACGGGGCUUGAACUGGUGGACUCCUGUAUUAGAUCACUGCAGGAAUCAGGAAUACUUGACCCACAGGAUUAUUCAACAGGUGAAAGGCCCAGCCUGCUCUCCCAGAGUGCACUUCAGCUCAAUUCCAAACCUGAAGGGUCCUUCCAGUAUCCGGCCAGCUACCAUAGCAACCAGACCCUGGCCCUGAGUGAGACAGCCCCUUCGCAGCUCCCCGCCCGCGGCUCUCAAGCCCGAGGUGCGGGCCAGACCUUCAGCCAGGGCACCACGAGCCGCGCGUACGCCGCGCCGCGCGGCUCCUCGCCCAAACAGUCGCCCAGCCGCCUGGCCAAGUCCUACAGCACCAGCUCGCCCAUCAACAUCGUCGUGUCCUCGGCCGGCCUGUCCCCGAUCCGCGUGACCUCGCCCCCCACCGUGCAGUCCACCAUCUCCUCCUCGCCCAUCCACCAGCUGAGCUCCACCAUCGGCACGUACGCCACCCUGUCGCCCACCAAGCGCCUGGUCCACGCGUCCGAGCAGUACAGCAAGCACUCGCAGGAGCUGUAUGCCACGGCCACCCUCCAGAGGCCGGGCAGCCUGGCAGCUGGGUCCCGGGCCUCGUAUAGCAGCCAGCACGGCCACCUGGGCCCCGAGCUGCGGGCUCUGCAGUCCCCUGAGCACCACAUAGACCCCAUCUAUGAGGACCGCGUCUAUCAGAAGCCCCCUAUGAGGAGUCUCAGCCAGAGCCAGGGGGACCCUCUGCCAGCAGCGCACACGGGCACUUACCGCACGAGCACAGCCCCAUCUUCCCCCGGUGUCGACUCCAUCCCCUUGCAGCGCACAGGCAGCCAGCAUGGUCCGCAGAACGCCGCCGCGGCCACCUUCCAGAGGGCCAGCUACGCCGCGGGCCCCGCCUCCAACUACGCCGACCCCUACCGACAGCUGCAGUAUUGUCCGUCAGUCGAGUCUCCCUACAGCAAAUCCGGCCCUGCCCUUCCGCCCGAAGGCACCUUGGCCAGAUCCCCGUCCAUCGAUAGCAUUCAGAAAGAUCCCAGAGAAUUCGGAUGGAGAGACCCGGAACUGCCGGAAGUGAUUCAAAUGCUCCAACACCAGUUUCCUUCGGUCCAGUCUAACGCUGCAGCCUACUUACAGCACCUCUGUUUUGGAGACAACAAAAUUAAAGCUGAGAUAAGGAGACAAGGAGGCAUCCAGCUCCUGGUGGACCUGCUGGACCAUCGGAUGACGGAAGUCCACCGUAGUGCCUGCGGAGCCUUGAGAAACUUGGUGUACGGGAAGGCCAACGAUGACAACAAAAUCGCCCUGAAAAACUGUGGUGGCAUCCCGGCGCUGGUGAGGUUGCUCCGCAAGACCACCGACCUGGAGAUCCGGGAACUGGUCACAGGAGUCCUUUGGAACCUCUCAUCUUGCGACGCACUCAAAAUGCCAAUCAUCCAGGACACUCUGGCAGUGUUGACCAAUGCCGUGAUUAUCCCCCAUUCGGGCUGGGAAAAUUCACCUCUUCAGGAUGAUAGGAAAAUACAACUGCAUUCCUCACAGGUGCUGCGAAAUGCCACUGGAUGCCUAAGGAAUGUUAGUUCAGCCGGAGAGGAGGCUCGCAGGAGGAUGCGGGAAUGUGACGGGCUCACAGACGCACUGCUCUACGUGAUCCAGUCCGCGCUGGGGAGCAGUGAGAUCGACAGCAAGACCGUUGAAAACUGUGUGUGCAUUUUAAGGAACCUGUCGUACCGGCUGGCAGCAGAAACGUCUCAGGGACAGCACAUGGGCACGGAUGAGCUGGACGGGCUGCUCUGUGGGGAGGCCAACGGCAAAGACACGGAGAGUUCCGGGUGCUGGGGCAAGAAGAAGAAGAAAAAGAAAUCCCAAGAUCAGUGGGAUGGAGUAGGACCUCUUCCAGACUGUGCAGAACCACCAAAAGGAAUCCAGAUGCUGUGGCACCCAUCAAUAGUCAAACCCUACCUCACACUGCUCUCUGAGUGCUCAAACGCAGACACGCUGGAAGGGGCGGCAGGCGCCCUGCAGAACUUGGCUGCAGGGAGCUGGAAGGGCUGGGCUGAGGAUGUGGCAGGCAUGGCGUAUGCCCUACGUUCACUGCCAGAGGGGGCUCCCUGCCUGCCACAGUGGUCAGUAUACAUCCGAGCUGCUGUCCGAAAAGAGAAAGGCCUGCCCAUCCUCGUGGAGCUGCUUCGAAUAGAUAAUGACCGUGUGGUGUGCGCAGUGGCCACGGCACUCCGGAACAUGGCCUUGGACGUCAGAAACAAGGAGCUCAUUGGCAAAUAUGCCAUGCGAGACCUCGUCCACAGGCUUCCAGGCGGGAACAACAGCAACAACGCGGCAAGUAAGGCCAUGUCAGAUGACACGGUGACAGCCGUCUGCUGCACCCUGCAUGAAGUGAUCACCAAGAACAUGGAGAACGCCAAGGCCUUACGGGAUGCCGGCGGCAUCGAGAAGCUAGUUGGCAUCUCCAAAAGCAAAGGAGAUAAACACUCUCCAAAAGUGGUCAAGGCCGCAUCUCAGGUCCUAAACAGCAUGUGGCAGUACAGAGAUCUGAGGAGUCUCUACAAAAAGGACGGGUGGUCACAGUAUCACUUCGUAGCCUCAUCGUCAACCAUCGAGAGGGAUCGGCAAAGGCCCUACUCCUCCUCCCGCACGCCCUCCAUCUCCCCUGUGCGAGUGUCUCCCAACAACCGCUCAGCAAGUGCCCCAGCUUCACCUCGGGAAAUGAUCAGCCUCAAAGAAAGGAAAACAGACUAUGAAUCCACUGGCAGCAAUGCCACUUACCAUGGAACUAAAGGAGAACACACUUCCAGGAAAGACACCAUGACAGCUCAAAACACUGGAAUUUCAACUUUGUAUAGGAAUUCCUAUGGUGCGCCCGCGGAAGACAUCAAACAUAACCAGGUUCCAGCACAGCCAGUCCCACAGGAGCCCAGCAGGAAAGAUUACGAGACCUACCAGCCGUUUCAGAAUUCCACGAGAAACUACGACGAGUCCUUCUUCGAGGACCAGGUCCACCAUCGCCCUCCCGCCAGUGAGUACACCAUGCACCUGGGACUCAAGUCCACCGGCAACUAUGUCGACUUCUACUCCGCUGCCCGUCCCUACAGUGAACUGAACUAUGAAACGAGCCACUACCCCGCCUCCCCUGACUCCUGGGUGUGAGGAGCGGGCGGCACGAGGCGCUCCGGGAACAGUGCAUGUGCAUGCAUACCACAAGACAUUGCUUUUUUUUUCCCCCUGCAAAUUUAGUUUGUUAAAGCCUGUUCCAUAGGAAGGCCGUGAUAACCAGUAAGGAACUAUUAAGAGCUAUUUUAGACAGCUAAAUGAACCGAACGUUAACUUGGAAGUCAGUAGGAAGCUGAAGUGAUCCUAAACAUGACGUCGUACAACACCUUUCUAGUUGGAGCUCUAGAGGAUAAAACGUGCUUUAUCUUGAACGUGGCAGAAGGCAGCAGAGGAGACGGGCGGGGUGGUGGGGCGCGAAGGUUACUGUUAAGCACAAGGGGCAGUGUAGUUCACACACUUUAGAGGGACGGCUUCUCACGCUUUGUUUACUCUCUUCAUCUGUUGUGAUUCUAGGCUUCAAGUUGCAUUGGGGUUCCUCUGUACAGCAAGAUGUUUCUUGCCUUUUGUUAAUGCAUUGUUGUAAAGUAUUUGAUGUACAUUACAGAUUAAAGAAGAAAAGCGCAUCGUGUAUAUUACACCAUGCGGCAGUGUUUCCUCAUCUAUGGUUCUAAAUAUUGCUUCAAUUUCAAACUUUUGAAAGAUGUAUGGAUUUCCAGUUUUUCUUUUCUUUUCUUUCUCCCAGUAUGUUUUAACAAAAAAAAAAAUGGGAAAAAAAGGAAUAUUUAGCAGUAUUGUUCGUUCUGAUAUGUGAAUUUGUUUGUGGCAACUAAGCAAGGCAUUCAGCAGUUUCUGACAAUUAACAUCCAUCAUUCCACACUCCUUGUCAACAAAGUGCUUUUUCACUGCCUAAAAUUUUAGAUGUAGAUAUUUGAAAUAGAUUUUUUCAUUUAUACCAGUUUUCUUUAUGAUGAUACAGUGUUAAAAGAAAAUAAAUUACAAUUGAUCUGUCAUCCAUAUUUGCUAAGAAUGUCUAUUUCCAAGGACCUAUCUUACAAAAUGCACAUUCUUGCUUGUGUGUCUGUGUGUGUGUGGGUGUGUGUAUGUCCCCGUAUGUAUAAAAAUGACCUGUGUGAGAUUUUAUUUUGAUAGAAGCUAUUUCAUUUGCUGUCCAUCUUGUACAAGCUUUGUUUCCGGUUUUGGGUAUAAAUGUACAUCACUUUGUUCCUCUUGUACUCCAUCUACUCUUCUGACCAUCUAGUGACUCAGGAUAUUAGGCCAGUUGAAGUGAAGUUAUAGGAUUUUCACACAUUCACACAUUCUUGGAUACCACCUCUUUCUACAGGUCCAUUUCCUUCCACGUUUUAUGCCCUCAGAACACAAUAAACCAUGGCCAACACAAUAAUUUCACUUUGGGGCCAAUUACUUGAAGUAUCAACAGAAAAUGUAAACUGCUCGCCUUAUUACCCCCAGACUUUUUGUUCAUGUGGCAGGGAGCAGUGGACCAUUAUGGAUUAGAUUAUUACAAUUGAACUUGAAGCUAAUGUUAGAAUAGUGGUUAACAGAACUAAGAAAUAAGGCUAACCAUUUAAAAGAACACGGGCUGUGGGUAAAUUAGCUUUGCUCUUUAGAUGCAAGUGACUGAGGCCAAUAGGUGCCUAAGUAAAUGUUAACUGUUCUUGGAAAAAAUAAAAAUUAAAUAACAAAAGAAA